AAUGGAGCCUCUCGCAGCUCACCCCCCGAGAUGCUCGGGGCCCAAGGCAAAGGUGCUGGCCGUUCUGCUGUCCAUGGCUCUGUGCACAGGGACGCUCUUCCUUCUGCAGCUGAAACUCCUCCAGCCGAAGAGCAACAGCUUCUACGCCUUUGAGGUGAAAGAUGCGAAAGGGAGGCCUGUUUCUCUGGAGAAGUUUAAAGGCAAAGUCACACUAGUGGCCAACGUGGCCAGUGACUGCCAACUCACAGACAGCAAUUACUUGGCGCUGCAGGACCUGCACAGAGAGUUCGGGCCCUUCCACUUCAGCGUCCUGGCUUUCCCCUGCAACCAGUUCGGAGAAUCCGAGCCCCGGCCCAGCAAGGACGUGGUCUCUUUUGCAAGAAAUAACUACGGAGUCACAUUCCCCAUCUUCCAUAAGAUUAAGAUUCUAGGGCCUGGAGCGGAACCCGCGUUCAGAUUUCUUGUCGAUUCUUCAAAGAAGGAACCAAGAUGGAAUUUCUGGAAAUAUCUGGUCAACCCUGAGGGUCGAGUCGUGAAGUCCUGGAGGCCGGAGGAACCCAUUGAAGUUAUCCGGCCUGAGAUAGCAGAUCUGAUUAGACAAAUGAUCAUUAAAAAGAGGGAGGAUCUAUGAAGCCUGACAUAGUAGUCAGGACACAGAAAGGUCUCCCAGUGGUGUGGUCUCAUUGUAGACACUCCGACAACUAAAUGUGGCACCAGAGGGUUUUUUUUUUAAUGCUAUCUUGCUAGUGACUGGUAAUGAAUGUCCCCACAACACAGAUGUCACCCAAAGCAAAAAUAAAGAAUACCCAAAGAAUCAAAAUGGAAUAUACUAAAGACUUCAUUUGACCCCACUGAAUAGUUCAGAACACACAGUCACUCUGUAUUCAAUAGCCUGUUGUUCAGCUUGACAUUCCCUAGGACCAUGCUCAACGGAAAUGCCAGCGCUAGACCACCGAGUUUGGAACAUUGUGUGUGACUGACAUUUCUGUGGUGCCUAACU